UACCCAACGUUAUCUCGAAUUCUUAGACAAUACUCUUCGUCGGAUCUGAAGAAUUCCGAUUGAAAAUGGCAGAUGAUCCGAAUCGUGACAUCUUGCCUGUAAAAGAAGGUUCUUGCGCGGAUACGUUCAUCAGUGCCAUAGAUCCUAGGGAACGUCAUCUCGUUUGCAAACUUGAUCGCUAUCAACUGGAAGACAAGUAUCUACGUUUACUCGACGAGGCGAGUAAUCUGAAGAAAUUGUCCAAUUGCCAGGAGGACAAGAUCAAGCGGCUCGGGACGAAGCUGAUUAGACUGGCAGGCAAUCCAAGAUCGUGUGGAUUAGCGUUAGAUAUCUCCGACGAUAGGAAUAGAACGGCCGCUCUGGAACUUGAAAAUACCAAGCUGAAGGAGAAAAUCGCUGUGAUGAGGAAUCAAUUGUUGAGUCAUACGAUGAGCGGCAGGUCGUCGUCGCGCAGCCGUAAUCUCGUUAGACCAUCAUCUUCCGGGCUUGUGACGUGUCGAAGCGAGAAUAACCGCGUGAGAGUGCCGUCCUGUCAGUGCAUCGUCAGGACGGAGGACGAUGAUAACGACAUGCAAAAUUACCUCGUUAAAAUCGAGAAACUGGAGGCACAGAAGAAAGAUAUGGCGUGUCGUAUAAUGGAAUUAGAGAAGGAGCUGGCGUAUUUGAACAAUAAUCAAAAGGAGAAGGUAGCGGAAAAUGUAGAAUACAUACGAGUGUGGCGACAAAUGAAGCAGCUGAACGAUAAAUUAAUGACAACUCAGGAGAAAAAUACUGCAUUGACCACUGAAAUUAAUGAUUUGAAGACAACCCUGGAACAAACGACAAGGAAUAAUCAGGAAAUCGUAGCCGUUCUUUCUUCGGAAAGAACGCGCAUAGCCGAAAUCGACGACCAGAUGUUAAAGGCAAAGAAUUCACAGUUCACGUUACGCGAGAAGGAUGAGCAGAUACGGGAUCUUAUGAACGAAAUUAAAAUAUUGCAACAACAUAAUAACGAACUUAUCACGCUCACUUCGAAAUACGGACAAGUCGAAUUAGAGAAUAUUGAAUUAAAAAAAAGACUUUCUGACGAUGUUCAAGAGCAACAGAUCUUGAAGACUGCAUUCAAUAAUGAACAGGCUAACAUCGCAGCGUUAAAGGCAACCAAUGAACAAUUGCUCGCAAAACUUCAAGAAUUGCAGGCAAACAUAGAUACCUUGACGGUACAAUUAGCUUCUUUACAUACGCAAGAUAAAAAGCGCGACUUUACAAUGGUACCAUCAAACGCAGAACAGUGCAAAAAAUGUUGCGAAAUGUAUGAUAAAAUUAUACAGUUGGAGAAAACUGUCAGUAAUAAUCGGGAAGAUUGGCAAUCAGCUGAUAAAUCAGUACAGACAAUCGUUAUUACUAGCACAAGGGAACAGGGUACAAUGAUAAUUUCAAAUAAUGAAGACAAGACGCCAAUGAAGGAAUGGAAAACGAAUCAGGAAGCAAACGGCACGAGUGUUUUAUCCCGAGAAAAAAUACUAAAGCUGUUGGAUCAAGCGCAGAUUAACACGCCUCUGGACGCAUCGAGACUCACUCCGAAGGAAGAAUACGCGAGCAUUUUGGACGUAGCUCAGAGGCACAGGCAAGUCGUACCUCUUGAGAAGCUACUGUUCGGUGAUACUAAUUGUCAAAUGUUUCUGAUUUUAUUCGAUGUUUUACAAGAACUUUUGUUUACCGAAGUCAAUGAAAAACCAUCUUUGAGCCAUAAAGUAUCUGCGAUCGGGGAUACAUCAAUUGACGCCAACAACAACGAUUUUCAUACGAUAAUUACUCGCAAUAUUAAGCAACAUGAUUUUGCUACAGGAACAACGAAAGAUUUCGAAACCGAUUAUUGUUCUCUUCGAUCGGCCGCCGUUUGCCCCAAGAAUUGUGAUGUUGCAUGUCGAAAAAAAUCUGCAACCAUUUCAACGAAAGAUGCCGGUUCAUCGAUGAAAAACGCAUUUGAUACUGCUUCCUAUCCUAUGAUUCACGAGGAGUACAAAAAAUCGUCGUAUCGAGAUAUUAGUAAAGAUUUUUGUGCAGAAAAAUUGGUAAAACUAAAAAGAUUAAACUCGUCGCAAUAUCCUAAAUGUAAUUUAAUGUGUCACUUGCGCAAAGCAAGUUCAAAAGAUCCACUGUCUCUACAGAAGAAACAGAAAUUACCCUGCAAAAUCGAAUAUUUGAAAGACAGUGUGAAAUUAUCAGAUUCCCCAUUGGAGUCCUUUCCUUUAUUAAUUACUGACAGACAAGGUCUCAUUGAAAUUCACAUUUCGCGAUUGCAACUUUCUACAUCGGUUAAUCAGGUUGCAAAAAUUCCGAAUGAAGAAGAUACAUGUAAUCUUUACAUUUACGUAAGCUGGGACAUUUGGGGCGAGAAGGUCGCUUGCACGCCGAAAAUGAAAUGUCCCAAACUGAUCUUCAACUCGUCUUCUGUAUAUCGCAUAGCAGAUCUUUUCUCCUUCUUCAAAAAUGUGCUGUCGGAAUAUCUCAUCUUCCGAGUGAACAUCGUUCGCCGAGACGGUACCAGCUAUACGCUUGCCCAAGCGAAAGUCUCCAUCAAAGAUAUAUUGGAUUAUCCGCAAAACAAAUUGCAUUAUAUUGUUCCCGUGAAUGGCGUCAUUCCUUGCUUUCUCGGCAUCAAUUUCGGACAACUGUCGUUGUGGGUUCGGUUGAGUUGCAACGUCGACAUGGUCGAAGCUUUUAAAAAACAAUGUGGCAUAAGCUCGUUGAAAGAUACUGCGCCUUCAGGAACAAAAGAUACGAACGACAUAGCUCAGAAACUUCUUCGGCGUCCUACGAGACAUAUUGUUGACAUAACGUUUAAAGAUCAGCAACAAAAGGAUAGUUCAAUGUCCGAAGAUUCAGUAGAUCAAGAUAUACAACCGCCCGCGCCACUAGACACGAGUAAUUUUUUACGUGUGAAAAGAUUUACAUAUUUCAUUGGAAUUUGCGUGAGAACUGUGAUUUAUCAGAUAAUUAUAAUUGAUUUUAUAGUGAAAGUAUUCUAUCAGAAAAAUUAUCGAGAUUUCGGACGUAUUCAGGGCGUUUCGUUGUUCGAAGGAUCAAACAGUACGAUCCGCGACAUGGACGAGAUUCUGUCGGACAGAAACUGGGAUAGGUACAAGCAGAGGAGUCUGCUCUCUUUUACCAGUACACUUAAUUAUCACCAUGAAAAGGAUGCAAUAAUCAUAGAAAUAGUGAGCAUGCAGCUUUCAGACGAAAGCAUUAUGCAGAACGAUGAAGUACAUUUGUUUUACGUAGAAUAUUCCUUUCUCGGGAAUUAUGGUGAAGAUAUGGAGACCGAUUCUGUGGAGAAAUCAAAAACGAGUGAUCAAGAAAUGGUCUAUAAUUAUAAAAAAAAAUUUUGGAUAAAUGAAGUGACACAAAGAGAUAGUUUGCGCGCUAUGUUAACCGAAAUCACAAGUCCGAAUGUAACUUUUACUAUUGUCAGUGAACCAUUACCCGAGGAAAGGGAAGAUAAAGACUGCGAAGAAAUUGGUUAUGCAACUUUUAAUAUAAGAAAAUACGCUCUCGGUGAUGGUAGCAAAUAUAUAUUGUUGCCAAUCAAGAAUACUCAAAAUAGACAAAUUGGGACGCUAAAGAUUGCUGUGUCUGGUUUUAAUGCCAUUCGACAAUGUUUACCGGAUCAAUUGCGAUAG